AUGAAAAGAACCACCACUCGACUCGUCCAACAAUGGUGCCAUUCUCGCAAUAGCACUGCUUGCUUUCAUCCAAACAAUCGUGCUGCAGCCAUGAUGUUUAGUUCGAAUGCUAUGAAUCAGGUCAUUGGUGAUUUGUAUGACAAAGGCAACAAGAAUGUGAAUACUUCUUCUACUACGAGUGGUUCCUCCUCUCAACAAAAGGACCAACAAUUUAACCCUUCCAAGAUAGAUUUGUCAUCGCCUGAUAAAUCUGCAACUGCAAUUCGAAAAGAUAAGGAAACUGAGAGUUCCUUCUUUGACACAUCCAAUCCAAUUCCAAAUGUGAAUACCACGGAAAAGAUGGCAAACAAGAAUCCAAUGGGAUCCUACUCGCCUGGUUCGUAUGUGGCUGGAUCCAGCACUGCAGAUAUUCCAAGUCCCAAUGUGGGUAAAUCCAUUGAUAAAGAUCCAAGUGGAUUUUAUGGAUUCGACAAUGAAAUUAAGGGACAAGAUUUAUACACCACGAAAGAAGCUACUGACAAAGCUCUUGGAAUUGAUAAGGACAAUCAGCAGGGAUGGAAAGGUUCAUCCAAUAAGGAUCAAUGGAGUGAAACGAAAGAUCAAGCCAAAAGUCAGUGGAAGGACACGAAGGAACAAGUUAAAGAUCACAGGUCUACUCCCUCCACUGGGGAAAGUCUUUUCAAUAAGGCCAAGGAUGUGAAGGAUCAAGUGAAAGAUGCUGCCUACGAUGUAAAGGAAACCAUUAAAGAUAAGGCAAGCAAUCUCUUUUCACAAGAUAUCAAGAAUGAAGCCUCUGAAGCCAAAGAAAAUCUCAAAGAUAAGGCAGGCAAUUUGUUCGAGUCAGGAAAGGACAAGUACUAUGAAGCGAAAGGAUAUUCUGAGGCCUAUUUGGAUGAAGCACAGGAGAAGGUCAAGGACAAGGCAGAAUCUGUCAAAGACACUGUCAAGAAUAUCAAGGACAAGGUUGUCAACAAGGUCUCUGAAUGGAAGGAUAAUAUUGUGGGUGGUAAUCAACCUUCUCAACAAUGA